UAAAAUACUCGAGCACCUAUCACUUACUGGGAGAAUCUGUAUUGUACUUGCCCUUUUGCACUAUUCUUUGGUUCCUAUAGAGUUUGGCUUCUUCAUAUAUUCCAAUAUCUCUAAGAAGUUUCAACCAUCUCUUGAUAUCUAUAUAUUUAGAAUCUGGGAGAGUUGUGGCGUGGUAGUCCCAAGUCAAGGAAAAAAGUAAAAAUUCUUGCUUCCCUAAACAAACCAGGCAGCAAUCAUGGAAAAUAGGUAUGGUUUGUUCAGGCAGAGCAGUGGGGUAUGGAGAGCUUUGAGGGAUGGAGAUUUUGAAGAAGAAGAUGUUUGGUCUGUUCUCAAAGAAAGAACAGAUUCUAGUUCCAAGACCAACAACAGAUCUAGCAGGGAGUCUGCUUUGUCUGUUCCAAGGCAUGUUCCAACUGCUGCAAGAAUGAUUCCCAAAGCUAUCAGAGGAGGAUUUGAAAGUAGCAGCAGUAGUAUUAACUCCUCUCAUGAAGGUAGAAUAAUGCAACAAUCAGCACCUGUCAGCAUUCCCAAUUGGCCAAAUAGUUACAGGCACAAGUCAAAGAAGGCCUCCAGGAAUGCUUCAUGGUAUGAUGAUGAUGAUCAUCAUGAUGGUGGCGACGACGAUGAACUUGUUAACGGCAAAAGGGAUGGUGAAGAUCAUGAAGAAGAAGAUGAUUACAACGAUGACGACGAAAAUGAUUACGUUGGUGAUUAUGAUUGCAAGGUACCUCCACAUGAAUUCAUUUCCAGGAGGCUUGCAAGAAGUCAAAUAUCUUCUUUUUCUGUAUUUGAAGGAGUUGGUAGGACCUUAAAAGGGAGAGACCUUAGCAAAGUAAGGAAUGCUGUGCUAAUAAAGACCGGCUUCAUUGAAUGAUUACUUGUAAAGAAUUCCCAAAUAAUGGUGGCAAGUGUUUCUCUGAACGUCAAAUUGUCAUGUACAGAGGCUUGUGGUGUUAGGCAAUUAGCUUAGAAAUUUGGUCUCAUAAUUUUUUGUUUCUAGUUCUUGUUUAGGAUGUGAGGAUCUAAAAAAAAUCAAAUUUCGUUUUGUCUAAAAAAAAUAAUGUAAAGGCCAAAGAUUGGAUCUAUUGAGCUAUUGUUUUGAGAGGCCUGACCGCCCUCAAUGAUAAGCAUCUGAGAAAUUUAGCAGUUAAUGAAGGUCCCAAUAAGCAAUAUAUAUAAAUAUAUAUAUUUAUUUUUUCAGAA